UAAGUUAGGGGAACAGGACUAUAGCUGCCAUACCACGCUGUUACACCAACCAUCUAUGGAACAAUCACAAACCCCACAUCUACAUUCUACUACAGUUCUGUUACACCAACCAUCAACCUCACAACCACAUUCUUCUACAGUGCCUCAGUGUCAGUCACAGAUACAGCCACCACAGCUGCCUGUAGUCCAUCCCCUAUCAGUCCACCACUAUCGGCCUCCGCCCCACUACCCACAGCAGCCAAUACCGCAGCAGUAUUUACACACACAGCCCCACCCACAGGCAACACAGCAGCAGAAACAGAGCCAUCAGAAUGGACAGGUAUUGCCAAACCAACAGCAGCAGCAGCUGUGUAACAGACUGAAGCACAUGCAGGUGACUGGGACGGGUUCAAUAACACAAAGACAGAAAGACAUCACCAAGCAGCAGCAGCAGAUUCCUCCAUUGUUCAAUGUGGAGCAGCCAGGGGUGCUCCAGACUCACCACGACCACCCCCAGCAUGGGCACCUCUGCCUGGGGGAAGCUUCCCUGGGCCUCCCCUACAGGAACCAGCUGAACACUUUGUCUGUUAGCCGCUCUUCAGUGCUCUCCUCCUAUGUACCCACCACGGGCCUCCAGAGCCAGGGGGUGGACAGAGACCUCAUGCCCCAGAAUUUGGAGGAGUUCCUGGGCAGCCUGGAGUCCAGUGGUCCCCGAGGGACAGAGGAUGGUAGGGGAGCGCUCCAGUGGAGUGUGGUGGAGGCCCUGGGUGUGUUCCAGCAGCAGAGGCACCUCCCUGACGGCCUGGCUCAGUCUCAGGCCACCAGCCAGGGCUGUGCUCAGCAUGCCCAUCCCCUGGCUAUGGGGCUCAGCCAGGUCAAUAGAGCAGAGUGGCCAUUCACCACACAGUUCCAGAACGGGAGCCUGAAGGAGGCUGGUCCAGCCUCUGGCCCUGUACCCAACCCUGAGUCCUCCAGGGGGGCAGACCAUGGACAUGCAGCAGCGGGGCAGCCAAUUCACCAGCCUCCUCCUCCCUCUGCUGAGAGCAGGCCCUACCCUGACCUCCCUCUGAGUGGAUUUAUGUGAGACUGAAGACCCUCCUCCCUGGAGGCUCCAGAGCCAGACAUUCCAAGGCCAGCCAGCUGCCCCCGGUCCCUCGGAGGGAGCAGAGCCCUGACUGACGAGAGCGCCACACAACAGAGGCUAGAGGGAUAAGGAUCCUCCUGUCUGGCACCCAGCUGCACAUGGCUCCCCUGCGACCACUAAGACUGUUUACCAAAUGGGCCCUUGUCAUAAGUAGUGCACUAUAUAGGAGAUAGGGUACAAUUUGGGCUGCUGUCUAAAACAGGAACCAGGGCAUGUCUGGGAAUAUGGAGGACUUGGACUGGAGAGGUCCCGUGUGGAUCAUUUUGUUAGAGCUUGGCACUUGCAACGCCAGGGUUGUGGGUUCGAUUCCCAUGGGGGACCAGUAUGAAAAUGUAUGCACUCACAACUAUAAGUCGCUCUGGGUCAGAGCAUUUGCUAAAAUACUCAAAUGUAAAAGUGAGAGUCUCUCUGGAUGUGAAUGUCUGAACAUCAGACAGCAGGCAGAGGACAGUCCGAGACAGAGAGAUUGGGACAGACAGACGGAGGGAGACCAGAGGAAGUGGAUAAUCAAUAACAUGUAUUUAUAAAGCCCUUCUUACAUCAGCUGAUGUCACAAAGUGCUGUACAGAAACC